AUGGAUAACAAGAUGACUCCCUACGGUAAGGUCCAGACAACGCCAUUUGGCAAAUGGGAUAGUCCCAUUACGGACGAUAUGAUCACAUCUAAAAGUAUCGUAUUCACUGAGAUCUCCGCUGCUAAAGAUGGUAUAUUUUACGUGAUUGAAGCCCGCCCAGCCGAUGCUGGACGGUGCUGUAUUGUUCAAUGGAUCGAUGGACAUGCUAGAGAUGUGCUACCUUCAGGGUACAGCGCACGAACUGCAGUACACGGUUACGGUGGCGGUGCAAUCUGCCCUCUAGCGAACAAAAAUUUUCUGGUAUUUUCAGAUGCAAAUGCGCACGGAGUUUGGAUCCUCGAUUCUGCGACUUGCGGCGUCACAAAAGCCAUCGUGCCGGAUCCUCGGGUCUUUUUUGCUGAUUUUCAUGCUCAUCCAAGUGAGGAAAAAUGGAUCUUGGCGGUUUGUGAAAAUCAUCGAUGCCCGUCAGGGGAGGUGGUGAAUACCAUUGUAGCGAUCGAUCUUAUCCAAGGCAGAAUGACCACUCUUGUUAAAGGAGCUGAUUUCUACACUCAUCCACGAUUUGACCCUUCCGGCACUCGAGUCUGCUGGACGCAGUGGCACCAUCCAAAUAUGCCUUGGGAUGGGACCGAGUUGUUUGUGGCAUCGUGGAAUCACGACGGCACUAUUGAGAAGCCCAGAUUACUUGCAGGAAGAGAAGGCCAUGAGAGUAUCGCCCAGCCCCGAUGGAGCCCCGAUGGAACGCUUUACUUUGUUUCAGAUCAGAGCGGUUAUUGGCAACUUUGGCGAUGGUUUUCAGCAUGUGCUGAUUCUGAUCCUACCCCUAUUUCCCUGGAUGGGUUGGAGACUGGUGAGUUCGCUGGACCGGAAUGGUGGCUUGGCAGUUGUACGUAUGGGUUUCUCGAUUCCAAUACCAUGGUAGCUGCAUGGACAUAUGAUGCCACCGAGCAUCUUGUCAUCAUCGAUCUCACGACCUUGAAAUAUGAAUUUCUCAAUGCACCUGUCGCGGCGCUUACGGGCAUUGCUGACAGUGCCCUGGCUGUAACGUCCUCCACUAGCAUAGCUAUUAUCGCAUCUUCACCCAGCUCUCCGCAAGCAUUAUACCACGUGGAAGUGAACAAGCCAGCCUCUCUUAUAACUCUUCGUCCUUCAACUACGAUUUCUGACCCUAGCACAUUCUUCUCGCAAGGCAGGCCCAUCUCAUUCCCUCGCUCGAAUACAAGACUUGACUCUGGCGAGAAAAUAGACGCAACUGCAAAGGCCCAGUUGAUUGCUCGUGCGUUUUUCUUCCCACCUCAAAACCCUCACUAUGUCGGCCCUCAGGACUGUCUACCCCCGUUGAUAAUCUCAAUACACGGUGGUCCUACCCUUCACUCGGGCCCUGGGCUUUCGCUACAGUGGCAGUAUUUUACAACCCGCGGCUACGCAGUUGUCUUGCUGAACUAUGCUGGGUCGUCUGGUUAUGGAAGAAAGUACCGCGAAAUACUUAACGGAAAAUGGGGUGUUCUCGAUGUUCAGGAUGCUGCCGACUGCGCACGGUACCUAAGUACUUCGGGCAUAGUCGAUGGAAAUGCCAUUGGAAUAAUGGGAGGUAGCUCAGGUGGCUACGCUGCACUGCAAGCUAUCUGCGAUUUUCCAUCCCUCUGGGCAGGCGCAGUGAGUAUCUCAGGGAUCAGCGACGUAGAAGCACUCGUCAAAGACACACAUAAAUUUGAGAGCUGCUACCCUCUGCGACUUAUUUUUGGACAAGACGUACCCAACGAUGAAAGCGCCCGGCGACUAAUAUAUCGUGAGCGCAGCCCUCGUUUCAAGGCGCAGAAGACCAAGAUUACCGCUUGGACUUUGCUGCUCCAGGGGCGGGAAGAUCAGAUUGUUCCUUUGAAUCAGGCUGAAGCCAUGAAAAGCUCGAUUCUAUCAAAUGGUGGCACUGCGAAGCUUGUUGUUUUUGAUGGUGAAGGCCACGGGUUUCCGCGAGGGGCAGAGAAUGCACUCCAAGCGGUGCGAGAACAAAAAGAGUGGUGGCGCCGUAGUCUAGUAAUUCAACAAGCACCAGUGCACCGGAAACUCGGCAGUUCACUCGUGAUUCUCGGUUUGAUUGUUCUUAGUCUUUUGUGGAACAAGCUAUGUUGA